UUGAGAGUUACUUUGCAUAUCUAAAGAAAUUGGCCAGUUUUAGUAGUGUUAAAUAGGCCACACUAGGAGCCAGGGAGAUGGGUGUGACUCUAAUUCUGGAUAUAGCUGGAGGGACUUGCUGCACCUGCUAGAGUGGCUUGGAGGCAGCUCCUAUACCACAGGGCCAUGCCUGCCUGCAAUACCAAUGGCAGCCAAGAAGGGCUGGAGAUAUGGGGAAGGGCAGCUGUAAUGCAGUGUGGAAGGAGUUGGAAAUGGGGUUAUACAGGAAGACCUGUGCCAAGAUCUAAACCUAACUGUGGGGCAAGCAUUGCUCUCUUGACCAUGUGGCUUGGGAGAGGUGAAGGCUAUCUUGGCCACAUAGUUUGAAAGGAUGCAAAAGGACUCCCACCAGCCCACCAUGAGGAGGAGCCAUGCAGGUUUGAAUUAAGGGCAGGAGCCUGGCUGAGCACAGACAACAAGCUGGAAUGCAGAUGGAAUGCAGCCCCACUAAGCUACAGACUUCUGUAUCUUUUCCUGAGACGUGGUACCUCUGACUGGCCUGGUUUGGCAAAAGGAGGCAGGACUGUGUGCUGGAAAGAUUAAGAAACUUCAAAGAACUCCAAGCUAAAUUUCAAAAGCUUGACAUGCCAUCUCUUCCAGGACCUAUUCAAUUCCCAGCAAGUGUUUCUCAUAAGGGGGACUUUGGAAGCACACAGUCAAUAAGGACCUGGGCCAGUGGGAAACUGCCCUCAUCUGACCACAAUCAGCCCCCACCAUAUUGUUCUGGUGGUGAACCCCAGCCUCUUAAAGCCCAGAAAAUGAAGCUGGCACAGAGGAGUGAGAUUCAGAAAUGUUUUGAUUCCCCAGGACCUCCAGGAAGGUUUGCUUAUUCUGCAGUGAAUUCACAGAAGGCUUCUCUGCUUUUAGAUGUGAAUCAAGCAAACGCUAAGAUAACCAAUGAGAAGAAAUUGGUGGUGACCAGUAGCUUCAGAAACAAGCUCUGGAACUGGGAGAAGGUCUCAUCUCAGAACAGUGAAAUGUCAUCAGCCUUUCGCCUUGCCAAUUGUGGAGAUAGGGCUUUCCAUCCAGAAGAUCAGAAAACCACAGGGCUUACUACUCUAGAGGAGCCCAGGAAAAAACUGCAAAUAAAAGGAUCCCAGACUCUUCCUUCCCAGAGGUACCUGAUGGCCCAAAGAAAAUCAUGUGCAAAGAAAAUCACCUCAGAAGAUCCCACUUUUCUACUUUCUCCACAUGGAAGGAAGAGCCUAGAAAAGUCCCAUCCUGAGAGGGGCCCAGCAGGGAGCACCUCCCAGCCUAUCUAUGAGAGGGAGCUUGCCAGCUGGCCCCCAGAGAAACAGCCGGAUGUCAAGCAUCACCAGCUUCCCAAAACAAAGCCACUGCCUUCCGUGGAGUCCCUGGGUCCUCCUCCCACGAAGCCACCGAAGCCUCCAGCCAUGAACCUCCAGGCCUUCCAGAGGCAGAUGGCUGCCUUUCCCAAGACCAGCAGGGAAGCAGCUGUGGAAGAGGGCUACCUGCCUCUAGAGAGUGCUGAAUUUGAAGAACCGCAUAAUUAUGAGGCAACACUUUCAUAUCCGAGACACUCUGGCAAUGCCACUAACCUGUGCACCGCAGCAGAAAUUGCUGAUGCAACUUAUGAAGUUGGAAUUGAAGAACUCCAAAAGCCUUGGAAGAGUUUUCUCCACCAAGAACUUAGCCCUGAACAUGAAGAUGCCAAUAAAACAAUGAAGGAAAAAGAGCCAGAUAAAUUGAAACUUCAUAAAAGAGAAAGGGACCUACAUUCAGACCAUCUUUUUGAGGUGGGUGCCUGUGAAGAGAAACCAGGGAAAGCCCCAAUGAUGAAGGUUCACAGACAUAUGGAGAGCAUGCUGGCCAGAAAGCAGGAUGCUGUGAUUGACACCAUCCAGACAAAGGCCUACCCCAAGGACCUGAAGCUGCUCAGGCACUUCCAAGGCCAAUGUGGGUACGUGGAGGCCUUGGAGGUGACUAUAGAAACACCAGGCCAAAGGCCCUUUAAGCCCAGUUCCACCUCAGAAGAGACCUAUGAUGAUGUUGAGUACCCUGGGAGAAAGGGAUCAAAGUCAGAUUUCUCGAACUCAUUUGUCUCCGAUAGUGAAGAAAAUAGUAAAGAAAUGUAUGAAGAUGUAUACAAAACAAAGAGCAACUCCACCAAGAUAGAUUUAGAUGGAAAGGCACUUAAGAGACUGCAGAGAUUCUUCAAGAAAGAAAAGGAUAGAUUUAAAAUGAAGACAACCAAGUUGAAAGAAAAUGUAAGUGCAUUUUCCAUUUCGCUGCCCAAUUUAGAACGUAGGUCUCAGGAAGUUAUCAUUCAUCAUGAUGUGAACAUAAGUGAAAAAGAGUCAAAAGAUGAAGAUAAAGUAAAAAUUUGGAAGCCCAAGCUUUUUAAACCAAAGGGGAAAAAGAGUGCUGAAGAAUCAGACCGUCUAUCACCUAGCAAUUUCUUCAGAACCAAGCAGCAAAACUUAGAAAAGGACAGAAUGGAAAAAGAAAAACUUUUUAGAGAAAGAUUUGAGUAUGACAAAGAGAUUACCGUCAUCAACACAGCAGUGGCAUGUUCCUGGAAUUCAAGAAAUGGGAUAUUUGAUUUGCCAAUAACCCCUGGAGAAGAACUGGAAGUCAUUGAUGUCACUGAAGAAAAUCUAGUGAUAUGUCGCAAUUCUAAAGGCAAAUAUGGAUAUGUGCUAAUUGAACACCUAAAUUUCAAGCAUCAAGGUUGGUCGCCUUAGGAAGAGCAACAUCAAAUGUAUGGAUGCACAAGUGAGAGCCAGUUCUAAGACACUGGUCCUGCUCACACCAGUUCCAGUCUACGUCUCAAAAUGAGAUGACGGAAGCUUUCAUUAGGACCUUAGGAGAGAAAACAAACCCUCCACGUUUAGUAGGUUUUGCUCCUAAAAGGUUAUCUUUCCACGUCUAUUUUAAGAAUCUAUUUCACUGCUGGCUCAGAAUGCGAAACUGCAUGUGCCAGCAUUUGAGCACUUACUCAAUGAGCCACAUCCACAGUAAGAAAUCACGCCUGAUGGCACUACCCAGUGAGUUGUACAGAUGGUGAGCACACUUCUAAUAUCAGUGCAUGAGUGUUUAGAAUUUCUAAAACCUGCUGUCCAUUUAAAUUGGGUGUAAUAUAAUUCUGGAAAAAUAGUGUAACCAAGUUCUUUUAAAUACUCAAAGUGUAGUCUUGAAAUAAUUACAGUUCAGUCUUUAAAAAAUCAAGGUUUAAGUGUUCUGUUUUAUCACAAACCAAAGUUGGACUCAAAAUGCUGCUCAAAAUUGGUUUCUUUUGGGAACCAUAUACUGAAGAAUAAUUUAUUCAAAAAUUCACCUAUCAUUUAAAUUAUGCUGUAUUGGUUUAAAAUAGCCUGUUGUCCAAAAUAAGUAAUACUUUUUAUUUAUCUAUUCAAAUAACAGAAUUCACAUAUAUUUUUACUUACAUGAAAGUAAAGAAAAUUAAACUGAGCUGUUAGUAACAUUCUGUAUUUCAAAUGACGUACACUGCCUCUUGAGCAGGGUGAUUCUGGCCUUCAGGGUGUGAACUUACUCCAUGGUCUUAUCCUUUAUGCUAUGCGAUUGCUUCUUAAGAUUCUAGUUUCUUUCUUUUUCAAGUUCCAAGUGGCAUUUGCGAAAAAAGGCCAACCUCAUGCUUGAAGACAGGAACUAAAGGUAUUACAGAGUUCAGAGGGGGAAACGGAUAUGAGUGAAAUGCCUAGAAGAUUGAGACAGGCUUCACAGAGAAGGUGGCACUGAAGCCUGGUCUAAUCACAAGCACAUUUGGUAGACAUGGCACAGAGAUGGCAAGUCCACGCUGUCUGGUGACCAGGAAGAAUCUGAACAGAAAUGGAGUGUGCUGUGUCUGGGGGGGAAGGGCACGAGCUAGGAUGGAGUAGGUUGGAGCUAGAAUGUGACAGAGUUCUUAUCAAAGGUCUUAUUCAGGAAGGUGAAGCCAGAUGUCUAGAGAGAAAAGAAAAAACAAUCACAGCAAUAUGGGUGAUAACUUAGAGAAGAGAGGCUAGUUGUUUUUGUAAUAUUCUAGGCAAAAGAGCAUUUGACCGUAAGACAGCAGCAAUACAAAUAUAUGGGACAGGAGCCCCAUUAGUUACAAAGGUAAGGAAACAGAUGUCUUGGUGACUGAUUAGACGUGAAAGGAAACAAUGAGGGAAUGGCUCCAAGAUUUCUUUUUUGGGAGCUGAGAUUAAGGUACCAAAAUUGGGAAUAUAUUUAUUUCUAUUUGGAUCCCCCUGAAUUAAAUGUACCUACUGAGAGGCAGGGCAUUCGGGCAACUGCAGCCCCUCCCACAUCACGGUCAGACCUGCCCCGUGGCACUAUGGCAGAAGAGCAAGGAAGGUAUGGCCUGUGGGCAAGGAAGGAGGUGAAGUCAUGGAAUAAUCCUGUAAAAAAGAGAAUCAUACACCACAUGUUACUCUUGCCACCUGGCCAAAACAUGAAGGAUUUUAAACCCUAUAGUCACAAUGGGACUAAAUUUCCACUAAGAUGGGUCUGUCCCACACACUUUCCAUCUUAUCACAUCGCCUCUUGUUCUAACUCCAUGACUCAGCUCUGCGUCUCCACUUUCUCCUCAGUGAAACAGGCCUAAGAACACUCACCUCGUCUGCUGCACAGGGCUGUUGUCAGGCUGGAAUGCAGUAACAUAAAUAAAC